GUGAACUAACCUCAAACUGAGCUCGACCUUUGUUGUCAUUAGAUUCUGUAAACACAUUUCCGUUUCGUGUGAGAAAAUGUCGUUAAAUUAAUGUAAAACAGAGUGAAAAUUUGAAAAUUAACAGCGUACUGCGAAAAUACAACGUAUGCAGUUUCAACAUACAAGAAUGAAAUUGUACGUGUGUAUCUUUUACGUAACAUAUUUGGUCUCUUUGUCAUUCGUACGUUAGUCAAGAUGCGUUUAUUUUAAAGUGACGUUUGAAUCGCUUAGAUCUCUCAGGUCGUUCAAAUUUCUCUGAGGAGCAAGCUUAUCGUCCGUAGAUUGGCCGAAUUUAAACUUACACGUGAACGCAAUGGAGAGCACGCCGUUACUUUCCACGUGUAAAGUGGCACAAAUCAAGGAAUUUUUCAUCAAAAGUUAAAGUGCUAUUGUAUCAGGAGUAAUUGUUGGCGAUAUUGUUAACGUUUUAACAAAUGAGAACUUUAUUUAUCGGUCCUUAUACAUAUUUAGACCAAACUGUUAUAUUUGGUUAUACUAGUCCAGUCUAAGGCGUGUUAAUUGUAAAGAAAAUUUAUUCCUUUUAAUAUUGAAGGAUUGUAUUAUAUCAAUUGUACAUAUUUUAUAUUAUAUGUUUUAUGUAAAUUAUAUGUGUUAUAAGUAAACAACAUUAAAGUAUAAAUACAUUACGAGGUUAGGUAAUGUUACUUGGGAAAUUAGGUUAAAGUCGUUAAGAAGUACAGGAUAUCACAUGCUAUGGAGAAGAGGAACAAAACUGCGCAACAGUUGGUUCCUAACACUGAACGUAAAGCAUCUGGGUCUAAUUGGAAUAUGUACAAGAACUUGAUUGCCAAACCAAAGACAGAAAGACACAACAACGAGGGAAAUACUUCACAAACCAGGCGGCAUCCGAAGUCCUUAAAAAUGCAUGCUACUCCGCGUCAUGUAGAUUCAGGAAGCGAGAACAAGAAGCCUGGUGUCACCAAGAGCAAGCAAGGCAAGACUUUAACGAAGCAGGUUGCUAUAGACUGCGAAAUGGUGGGAAUUGGCGACGGCACAGAGAGCAUGGUGGCCCGAGUGUCCAUUGUAAAUAAAUAUGGCGAUUGCGUGUACGAUAAAUAUGUCAAGCCGAGAGAGCUGGUUGUGGAUUAUAGGACACCAGUCAGCGGUAUCCGACCGGAACAGUUGCAAAAUGGGGAGGACUUCAACAUUGUGCAGAAGGAAGUGGCAGAGAUGUUGAAGGGCCGCCUUCUGGUAGGUCACGCGUUGAAGCACGACCUCGACGUGCUGUACCUGGCUCACCCGCGCAGAUACCUACGUGAUACUUCAAGAUACAAACCCUUUCGACAACUAUCGAAAGGCAAUACUCCCAGCUUGAAGAAGCUCGCGUGCGAAUUGUUAGGUAAGCAGAUACAGGCGGGCGAGCACAAUUCCGUGGAGGACGCGAGAGCUGCGAUGCAGUUGUAUAUGUUGUACAAAAACAAGUGGGAGUCGGAGAGAAGGAUACACUGACACUCACUCCUGUGCCGCAAUUAUAAGAAUAUUCAUCGAAUCACUCGUCGGAGGUCCGAUCUGUCACCCAAUGCCCGACGACAAUAUGACGCAGCCUUGUACUAUAUUUCAUGUUCUUUCGAUAGACAUAUUGUCGCACGACCAGCGAGAACCAAUGUCUUAUUCCUUAUAACUGUGUCGAGCAAUCGAGAAUUAUACAGCAGAAACAGACAUCUCCAUGUAAUUCGUGCAUCGAGCCUUGUGAUAACGAUCGUAUGAAAAAAUUUGUAUUUUAAUUUAAUAAAACGGUUUAUUUCUUA